AUGGAAUCACUAGGAUACCUGACAGAUUUCGAGACCAUUUCUGCCAGUGAUUUGAACACACUCCUUGGCAGAUUUUAUGCAGAAGCAUGUAAACAGUCAGACAAACGAAAACCUAGCCAAAAUAUGGAAUACCAUAAAAAUUCUUUCAAAUCUAUCAGAUCAGCACUCAACAGAUACCUACAGGACUUGGGACGGGAUUUUGAUAUUGUUAGAGGAAGGGAAUUUCGCACUAGUAACAACAUUCUAGAUGGAAAAUUGAAGAAAAAUCUGCAGGACGGCCUAUCUAAGCCUACACAACAUAAGGAAAUUAUACCUCAAGCUGAUUUGCUCAAAAUUUCUGCUUACCUUUUUGAUACAGAAAAUCCAAUCACCCUCCGCUUCAGAACAUGGUUCAUAAUUUCAAUGCAAUUUGUCACACGUGGAUUAGAAUUCCAUCACCAACUGAAACGGGACUCUUUUGUUUUCAAAACGGAUGAAAAUGGCGAUGAGUAUGUCACAUUAUCUCACGAAACAAAACAAAAAAAUUGGCAAGGUGGGAUCGACUCUACAGAAAAUCCAAAGGAAAAGCGUAUGUAUGCUGUGCCUAGCGCCGGAGAUAAAUGUCCAUUAAAAACGCUUAAACUCUUUAUAUCAAAAACAGAUCCAAAUGCUGAGUUCCUGUUUAAUCGUUGUAUCAAAGCCGCACUUUCUUCCCCGGAAAACUUGGAAAUUUGGUAUGACAACAUUCCACUUAAACCAUACCAAUUUACUAGAUUUAUGGCAGAUAUUUCAAAGCAUUCUGAUUGCUCCCGAAGGUACACAGCCCACUGUUUACGGGCAACAGCUAUUCAGGGGAUGAACGAUGCCGGGUAUGAAAUAAGACACAUAAUGCAUAUGAGCGGACACAAGAGUGAAGCUUCGGUUAGAAGUUAUAACAGAGACUGUACCACGAUCCAAAAGAAAAACAUGAGCGACACACUUAGCAGACUUACCGUUUCUACAUGCAGCCCAGGGUGUAUUCCUAAAUCGCAGACUGAGGACCAAAGCCAGUCCAUUGAUCGCAUGUCAUCUAACGUUCCCAUUUCCGCCUCGUCAUCCAAUCCCGGGAUAGUUUCCCUUCAAUCCUCGAAUAUUCUUUCAGCAGGAUUCAUGGCAAACUCCACAUUUAAUAACUGUGUUUUCAAUUUUGAAAAAUAA